AGUUGAUGCUCACUCAUGCUAGGAAACCUCCACCGGACCAGCAGUGUUCCAGAAUAUGUCUACAACCUACACUUGGUUGAAAAUGACUUUGUUGGAGGGCAUUCCCCAGCUGCUAAGACCUAUGACGUGCUGAAGGCUGGUACUACGGCCACACACGGUGGCCACUGGGGCCGAGGGACGCUGCAGUACAGUUCCCAGAAGUCCGUGGAGGACAGGCCCUGGAGGCAGCCACUGCGGAGACUGGAGAUCUCCCCAGACAGCAGCCCCGAGCGGGUCCACUACACACACAGCGAGCACCACUACAGCCAGCGGAGCCAGCCGGGCCACACCCUGCGCCACCAGGACAGCCGGCGCUCCACACUCCUUGUGCCCCCGAGAUACGCCCGCUCGGAGAUCCUGGGCUUCACCCAGACCGGGGCCGUGAGCAGGCAGCGCCACUAUGGCACCUACCACAGACACCACCAGUACGGGUCUGUGAGCGACACCGUCUUUGACAAUGUCCCUGUCACCCCUGCGGUGCUCGCCUACCCCAGGCCGGGGACCAGUCACAGCAUGGGCAACCUGCUGGAGAAGGAGAAUUAUCUGAACACAGGCCCCGCUGCGGGGCAGGUCAGGCCACUGGUGGCCCUCCAGCCUGUUACUCAGAGCAGGGCUGCCAGAUCCUCAUGGCAUCAGAGCUCCUUCCACAGCACCCGCACGCUAAGGGAACCCGGGCCGAGCGUCACUGUGGACUCAGGGGGCCGGAGGACACACAUGACUGUGGGCCAGGUGGCAGCAGCGGGCAGCGGAAAUCUGCUCCUGGAGAGGAGCACUGUCGCCGAUCAGCAACUUGGGGCCGCAGACCUGGAGAUGACCCUGGAGCGAGCCGUGAGCAUGCUGGAUGCUGACCACACGCCGCUGGCCCGGGUGGCGGCUGCAGCCACCUUCAUCCAGCACGAGAGCUUCCAGAAGGCCGAGGCCCGCAGGAGGGUUUAUCAGCUGCGUGGCAUCCCCAAGCUUCUGCAGCUGCUCAAAGUUCAGAAUGAAGCCAUGCAGCAAGCUGUGUGUGGGGCCUUGAGGAACUUGGUGUUUGAAGAUAACAUCAACAAAUUGGAGGUCGCAGAACUAAACGGGGUCCCUCGACUGCUGCAGGUGCUGAAGCAGACCAGAGACUUGGAGACUAAAAAGCAGAUUACAGGUUUGCUGUGGAAUUUGUCUUCCAGCGACAAACUGAAGAAUCUCAUGAUAACGGAGGCCUUGCUCACCCUGACGGAGAACAUCGUCAUCCCGUUCUCAGGGUGGCCGGAAGGAGACUACCCCAAAGCCAAUGGUUUGCUCGACUUUGAUAUAUUCUACAAUGUCACUGGAUGCCUCAGAAACAUGAGCUCGGCUGGCCCUGAUGGGAGGAAAGUGAUGAGCAGAUGUGAUGGGCUCAUUGAUUCUCUGGUCCACUAUGUCCGGGGGACCAUUGCAGACUACCAGCCGGAUGACAAGGCCACCGAGAACUGUGUGUGCACCCUUCACAACCUCUCCUACCAGCUGGAGACAGAGCUCCCAGAGAAAUAUUCGCAGAGUAUCUACAUCCAAAACCGGAAUAUCCAGACUGAGAACAGCAAAAGUGUUGGUUGCUUUGGUAAUCGAAGCAGGAAAGUAAAAGAGCAGUACCAGGACGUGCCGAUGCCAGAAGAGAAGAGCAACCCCAAGGGCGUGGAGUGGCUGUGGCACUCCAUUGUGAUUCGGAUGUACUUGUCCUUGAUCGCCAAGAGCAUGCGCACCUACACGCAGGAGGCAUCCCUGGGAGCUCUGCAGAACCUCACGGCAGGAAGUGGCCCGAUGCCGACGUCCGUGGCUCAGACUGUGGUGUUGAAGGAGAACGGGCUGCAGCACGCCCGGAAGAUGCUGCACGUCGGGGACCCCAGCGUGAGGAAGACUGCCGUCUCUCUGCUGAGGAACCUGUCCCGGAAUCUCUCUCUGCAGAAUGAGAUUGCCAAAGAAACACUACCGGAUUUGGUUUCCAUAAUCCCUGACACGGUCCCGACAACUGACCUUCUCAUUGAGACGACGGCCUCGGCCUGUUACACCCUGAACAACAUAAUCCAGAACAGCCACCAGAAUGCACGGGACCUCCUGAACACGGGAGGCCUCCACAAGGUCAUGGCCAUCAGCUCUGGGGACGCCUAUGCCCCCAGCAAAGCCACCAAGGCGGCAUCUGUGCUCCUGUACUCCCUGUGGGCACACCCGGAGCUCCACACAGCCUACAAGAAGGCUCAGUUUAAGAAGACAGAUUUCGUCAACAGUCGGACUGCCAAAGCCUACCACUCCCUUAAGGACUGAGAAGACAGAGCUGCAGAAACUCCAGCCUUGUCCUUUUGGCCACGAAAAGCCCCCAAGGAAAAUACCUAUUUUUCUACUGUCCCGCGCAAGAAUCCUCAAAAACAAAGCACAUGUUGUUUCUAGCCUUUCCUGUUGCCAUGGUCCAGAGAUCCGGGAAAACAAAUCAUCAGAGCACAAGGUUGUUAGGCCCCACAGGACUUCUGCAAGGCUGCCUCCCGUAGCCACCCACAGCAGCCUCUCCCUCCACCUCUGCCCUCCAGAGGCCACCUGGGUGCUCACCGGCAGGGUGUGUGCGGGCAGAAGCUGUUGUGUCACUUGGAUUUUAAAAGUUUGGUUUCCCUUUGUACACUCCCAGUUUCCGCAAAUGUUUCAGCACCGAGUCAGGAGUGUGUCAUUCAGACACCCUGAAGCCCAUCAGAAGGGAUGAGAAAUAGCUGCAGGCCUCCAGGCCUCCCCAAGAAAGUGUUGUCAGGAGGUCAUUUGUUCGCUUCGUAUUCAUUUUUAUCCCCUGGGCACUCUUUCCCUCUCGUUUUAAAUGAACUGGAGAAAUUUACAUUACCAAAGUACGCAUGAAUGUAAGAAAAAGGACCUUGCCUAUCCUAACAGCAAGAGAGGCAGUUCUCUUCUACACAGUGUGCUCCAUGUGCUGUGUCCUGGGCCCUCUCUGCUUCUCCCCUGGGGAAUGAGAUGGGUUCUGCUGGGGGCGGAGGCCGGUGCCACCUGGGGCUGUGGAUGUAGCUCGGUGAAUGCACCACCGCGGGGCAGCUCAGCCCACCUCGCCUUUGGGAAACUGAGCCACGAGUCAAAUGGAAAAGUCGCGUGGAGGAAGCGAGGGGGAAGGGGCCCGGCGCUCGUGAAAUGACACCGGGCGCUGAGCUUGGAAGGUGCCGUCGCCGACCGCAGGGAUCCCUGAGAAAUGCUGUUUUAACAGGGGCUGUGAUUCAAACCAGUCGUGGAGAAUUAGUCUUCUCAACUCCAAUUCUGUUGUACAUUUUGCUUCCAUAAAGAAGUCCAACACUAUUCGUUGUGAGAAAGAGAAAAGGAAAACUCCUUCGACUCCUUCUGGCCAGAAAAAUGUAAUAGAAAAUAAA